ACACACGUGUGUGUGUGUGUGCGCAUGGAGGAAGCCCCAGCUGUGCAGUGGGUGAGCAUGGGACUUAACCCUUUCUAAGCAAAGGCAGCCAGCUGGGGGGAACAGACCCACUCCGGAUGCAAAGCGGGUGCUGCUAACAUAAGAGGCAAGGAUUCCCGGCUGGAAACAAUCAUCAAAUCAAGACGCGAGAGCUGCAGGGAAGGAGAUGCCGGCAGUUGCUCAUCCACCUUGAGGUGUGCAGAGCCACUGAGGGAUGAGGGAGCAGAGCUGAGGGCCCCGGACCCCCGCCCCCCCGGAGGACGAGCCCCCCUGCCCAGCUCCCAGUGCCAGCCAUGUCCUUUGCCAUGCUGCGCUCGGCUCCCAGCCGGUUCCUGUACCCUGAGAUCAGCAUGUUGUCGGAGGACGAGGAGAACGGGAGCGAGAGCUCCGGCUCCGAUGAGAAGCUGUACCACCUGGAUGCCGGCGGCUACAGCCUCAAGAGCGCCAAGCGCCGGAGCGGCAAGAAGUCCAGCCGGAUCAACAGGGAGCCCCGCCAGCGCCACACGGCCAACGCACGGGAGCGGGACCGCACCAACAGCGUCAACACGGCCUUCACUGCCCUGCGGACUCUCAUCCCCACGGAGCCGGCAGACAGGAAGCUCUCCAAGAUUGAGACUCUGCGCCUGGCCUCCAGCUACAUCUCCCACCUGGGCAACGUCCUGCUGGUGGGGGAAGCCUGCGGAGACGGGCAGCCCUGCCACACCACGCCGGGCUUCUUCCACCACAGCAGCAGCAGCAGCAGCAGCCCAUCCACACGGGAAAGCGAGAACUCGCAGCCCAAACAGAUCUGCACUUUCUGCCUCAGCAACCAGAGGAAGAUGAGUAAAGACAGAGACAGGAAGACGGCGAUUCGGAGCUAGAUUAUUAUGGAUUCAGGAAGGAGGAGAUUAUGAAAGGAGAGGAAAGAUGGGAAAGCCACACACGCAAAAUAAAGAGACAGAACCUUCCGGUCUGCCCCCGGCUGCCCCCUGGAGCCGUGGGGCUCUACCCAGGAUGAACUUAUGGCAGCCCAUCCCAGAGGAGAGACUAAGCACCCUCUGAGGCUGGCUUUGCAGGCAAGAAAAGCAGGCUUGUUCUACAAAGAAAAGAUCCGGAGCCAGCAGAACUCCAAAGGACUGCACUUGGCAGUGCUGGGAGGUGAGCUGUGGCUACGGGGCGCAGCCCACAGCAGCAAAGCUGACGCCUUUUCUGCCCAACGGAGAGAAGGACAGACUUGCACACUGUAGGAGGCCGAUCCUCGUGCACCUGAGUCAGGCUGGGAGAGGAGGUGGAGACAUUGCCUUGUGUGGGGAUGCGCAGAGGAAGAACCCCCACCGCACAUCGCCUGCCCUCGUGUCUUCCCUCUUCUCGCUGUGGGGACCACCCUGUUCCCAGAACCUCGGGUGGGUUACAAUCAAUACAUGCUGGAGUUUCAUGUCAUUGAGAACAGUAAUAUAAAGCCAAUUUUGUUUGUAUGGUGA